CCACACCUCUCGCCCUCUCCGCGCUCCGCGGCCUCCCACGAAGGUCGCACGCGGAAGGCGCAGGUGGGGCCUGGCUGCUCGCCCCGCUGGGCUCGCCCGCGCGCCUGGGCCCCGGGAGGCGCUCCCGGGAAGCCACCCUGCAGUCGGGGACACCGGCGGAUCCGCGCGGGGAGACCUGCCACCGCAGAUCUGACCCUGCGACAUACUCUCCCCUCGGCAGCGAUGACCAGCCUACCGGCUACGCCUUCUCCUGGAGAACUGAUGACCACGCCAGUCCUCCAGGCCCAUGAGACCCUGUCCCCACAAGCUGAAGAGGCCAGUACAGCACUCAUUGCAGUCGUUAUCACUGUGGUGUUCCUCACCCUGCUCUCGGUGGUGACCUUGAUCUUCUUUUACCUGUACAAGAACAAAGGCAGCUACGUCACCUACGAGCCUGCAGAAGGCGGUGAACCCAGCGCUGUCCUCCAGAUGGAGAGUGACUCAGCCAAGGGCAGAGAGAAGGAAGAGUACUUCAUCUAAUGGUCCCCAGCACCAACACUCACUCUGUAACUAGGGCACGUUCCUCUGAAGCCAGUGAGUGGCAUUAAGUGAGAUGGCAAAUCCAGUCACCUCCCUGGACACAGCCCCCAACACCAGCAUCACUGACUCCAGGGUCCAGGGACAUGGAGAAAGCUGCUUAUGACACCCAUAGCUGGACCUUGAUAAGGACAGUGCUCACAACUGGCCAACAAUGCGAGGUCGUGCCUGAGUUGGAAGAUGUAGAGGGAGGUCACAGGCUGGUCCACUUUGUCCCCUCCUGGUUGCCUAGUGAUAGCCUCAGUGUAGCUUCCUAGAGGCUAGACACCACAGGAAGGGAUGGGGCAGGAGGGGUAGGCUUCUGAAUGUUACUCCUUUGAUCUCAGCCCUACCAUUUCCCCCAACAGCCUCAAACUUAGUUUUUUAUCCAGAUUAAACUUAUGAAAGUCAGAUUUUCAUUUACAAGAACUAAAUUUUGACUUGUUUUUGCUUAAACUUUUUACAGCAUUUUCUUUGCUUAUUUAACAUGUUAUGUGUUGUCUCUCAGUAAGAACUGUGAAGUUCCCAGAACUAUCUCAGGAGUUUGUCCCAGAGAAGCAUCAACUGUCCCAUCAGAAACACAUGAGAACUAAGUGGGUUUGACCUUAAUCCUGGCAAGGGCCACAAUUUUCCAGAUCCCUGUGUAUCUACAAAGGGAACCAGGAAAAACCUGGCCACCUACAUUUCCCACCAGUAAAGCUCGCUCUUUAGAAAGACAGGGUUUCUCUGUGUAGUGCCUGUCCUAGAACUCACUGUGUAGACCACAUUGGCCUCAAACUCAGAGAUCCACCUGCCUCUGCCUCCAGAGUUCUGGGAUUAAAGGCGUGCAUCACCACUGCCUGGCCAGGCUCUUUUUAACCCAAGCUCCCUGAAUACUCUGGAAUUAAGCUAGCCUUCAUUCUGAGGUAUUAAACUCUAGUGUAGAUUGCAGAAGCUGCAGUGGAGAGGUUGGUUGGCUUUUGCUUUGUGAGUUGGAAACAUGGUCUUGUUAGUUAUCCCAGGCAGACAAAAACUAUAGGCAGCCCUCUUUCCUCAGUCUCUAGACUGGCUAGCUUGUUUUCAUAUUUCUCCACAUAGAACUCUGGAGCUACUAUCAGGAAAUUACCCUGAAGUGUACAGAUUGCUACACUAAGAUACUCUCCUUGAUGAAAACUUAAGAGCAAAGAGAACUGUGUAGACUAGGGUGGCUUUUGAGCUCACAGGGGCCACCUGGCUCUGCCUCCUCAGUGCUGGGAUUAAAGUCAAGUGCCAACAUGACCAGCAUGGCUCUUUGAUUUCUAAGUUUAUGUUUGGAAUCCCAGAGUCCCUCUAAUGGAGCUCAUGAGAACAGUCGAACCUGAAACCCAGCCUUGCACAUCUCCAUUCACUUCACAGACAUCACUAAAACAGAGCCCCAGCAGCACCUAGCUGGUUUCUGGGUGGGAUAUGAAGACCUGACAUAAAUGAAGACAUGUGAACACAUGCUAAGUAAAGAAUGCCUAGAGUGCGGUGUAAUGCAACUUCAUCACUUUAUUCAAAUCUUCAAAAUAGUCUUUAUUCUACAUUUUUAGUAUAAAAAAUCCACAAGUUAAGUGCACCACAGUGUAGAG